AUGAAUGCGAUAGUGGAAGCUUUUGCCUUCUUCCUGGGCUUCCUUGGCUGGCUGAUGGUUGGCGUUGCACUUCCAAAUCGAUACUGGAGAGUCUCUACAGUGGAUGGUAACGUUAUUACCACAUCAACCAUCUAUGAAAACCUAUGGAUGUCCUGUGCAACUGACUCUACAGGAGUUCACAACUGCCGGGAUUUUCCAUCUUUGCUCGCACUUAAUGGAUACAUACAGGCCUCCCGAGCACUGAUGAUUGCUUCCAUUGUGUUUGGGACAUUUGGGCUUGUGGCUACUCUUGCAGGAAUGCAGUGCUCUAAAAUAGGAGGAGAAAACUACGUCCUGAAGGGGAGAAUUGCUGCAAUUGGAGGAGUGUUCUUUUUACUACAGGGGAUUUGCACGAUGAUUGCAGUGUCUUGGUACGCAGCCAACAUCACACAGGAGUUCUUUGACCAGUUUUAUCCAGGGACUAAGUAUGAAAUCGGAGAGGGCUUGUAUAUCGGUUGGUCUUCAGCCACACUUGCCAUCUGUAGUGGUUCAUGUCUGCUGUGUGCUUGCAGAAUCAAUACACCCAAUGAUAAAAUACCGUAUCCAUACCAGCCUUCCUCCAGAGGACAUGUGCUGUCAACUGUGGCAAUGUCUCAGUCUGUCCCAAGCAACUAUGAUAGAAAUGCAUAUGUCUGAGAGGUUACUGUGAA